CGCGGCGGGCACAGGAGGAAGCGGCGGCGGCGCGUCCCGAGCCGUGCGCGCCAUGUCAGGCGGGCCCCCCAAGGGCCUGCCGUCCACCGGGCCCCACUCCCUGCUCGACAUGCCGCACCCGCUGGCCGGCUCCAGCAGCGAGGAGGCCGUGGGCGGCGACAGCACGCCCAGCCCGGACCUGCUGAUGGCCCGCAGCUUCGGCGACAAGGAUCUCAUUUUGCCCAACGGUGGUACUCCAGCAGGUACUUCAAGUCCGGCUUCUUCAUCCUCCCUUCUCAACAGACUUCAGCUUGAUGAUGACAUUGAUGGUGAGACAAGAGACCUCUUUGUCACGGUUGAUGAUCCCAAGAAGCAUGUCUGUACCAUGGAGACCUACAUUACGUAUAGGAUCACCACCAAAAGUACACGGGUAGAGUUUGACCUGCCAGAAUAUUCUGUUCGUCGAAGAUACCAGGAUUUUGACUGGCUGAGGAACAAACUGGAGGAAUCUCAGCCUACUCAUCUCAUUCCCCCGCUUCCUGAGAAGUUUGUGGUGAAGGGUGUUGUAGAUCGUUUUUCAGAAGAGUUUGUGGAGACCAGAAGAAAAGCAUUGGAUAAAUUCCUGAAAAGAAUUACAGAUCAUCCUGUGCUCUCUUUCAAUGAACACUUUAAUGUUUUCCUUACUGCUAAGGACCUGAACGCCUAUAAGAAGCAGGGGAUGGCACUGCUGUCUAGAGUGGGCGAGUCCGUCAAGCAGGUCACCGGAGGCUACAAGCUGAGGAGUCGACCCCUGGAGUUCGCAGCCAUCGGCGACUACUUAGACACCUUUGCGCUCAAACUGGGAACCAUCGAUCGAAUAGCCCAGCGGAUCAUCAAAGAAGAAAUAGAGUACCUUGUAGAGCUGAGAGAAUAUGGGCCUGUGUACUCCACGUGGAGUGCGUUAGAAGGGGAGCUUGCUGAGCCUCUGGAGGGUGUGUCCGCCUGCAUUGGCCACUGCUCCACAGCCUUGGAAGAGCUGACAGACGACAUGACGGAAGACUUUCUACCUGUGCUCAGGGAAUAUAUUUUAUACUCUGACUCCAUGAAGAGCGUACUGAAGAAGAGGGACCAAGUGCAAGCAGAGUACGAAGCCAAACUAGAAGCCGUGGCCCUGAGGAAGGAAGACCGCCCCAAGGUGCCGGCAGACGUUGAGAAAUGUCAGGACCGGAUGGAGUGUUUCAACGCUGAUCUGAAAGCCGACAUGGAGAGGUGGCAGAGCAGCAAGAGGCAGGACUUCCGGCAGCUGCUCAUGGGAAUGGCCGACAAAAACAUCCAGUACUACGAGAAGUGCCUCGUGGCGUGGGAGUCAAUUAUUCCGCUACUACAGCAGAAACCAGAGGCCAAGUAAGUUCCUUCUUGGGCCCAAGACUCUUCUACCUACACAGGGCAUGGCAACCCAUACCAGGACGUCCCUGUAGUGCCAGAGAGGCGGCACUGAGAAAACAGCCACAGAAUCAUCUCUCCUCUGUGUAUUUCUUCCCCUUCCCACCCCUGCCCGCCUUCAUCUGACAGUGGUUCUCCAUUAGUAUUUAUUCCUUGGUGGAGUCUGUAAGGCUGUCAUCAUCUCUCAGCAAGAGAAGCAUGCCUCCGUGUUGUGAAGGAGCCCAUGAAAUCUGGAACACUAAGAUCUGCAGCUGAGGGACGAGACAACCAGCUGGCGCUCUGACAUCUCAUAUCAGUCUCCUGUUUGGGGACGGCAUGUUGCUUGCUGUGGAAGAGAGCCCGGGCCUUGCUUUCCCAGGACACGAGGAAGGCAGACACAGAGGGGAGCUCUCGUUUUCCAUGGACACAUGGGGACUCUGGAAUUGACCUGUGGGGGCAUCGACUUGUCUCUGCCUCGAAGGGGGUGUUGGCACCUCCGCAGGAAGUCCUUAAUGUACAGUGGCCUAUAGCUAUGAGUGUGGCCUGCUGCCUGCUUGUCACAAGUGGCACCUCUUUUGUGGCUUCUGGUUCACAUAGGACCAUUUAUAUCAGCGUCUGUUUUCCGUGCCCGAACGAGCAAGCCAGUGUCCUUGUCCUCACGCGAUACCUCGGGGAGCCGAGGGGGCAUUGCUCCCCAAACUUGUUUCUGACACUAGAAUGCAGUAGAUUGGAAACUGGUUUUUUGUGUAAAAUGGGGGGUGGGGGGGUGAGUUGCAUUUUUCUCCGUGAAGUUCUUCACUGUUUUUCUUUUGCUUGUUCGAUGUCGUCAGAGUAGAGCUUAGGCCUGUUGUGGGGGGCACGUGCUGUCUGAGGUCACAGUAGCUCCCAGAAGCCGGGGUCAGUGGGCCUAUGCCAGGCCCCGUCCCCACGUCUGCUCUGUGCAGUCUGCCUUUACCUCACCCAAACUCCUAAUUCAGCGUCUCCUACCACAUCCACAGAGCCGCCUUGCAGUGAGAGGCCGGUGUGCUGUCGUGGCACGGUGGAGUUCUGGGAACUCCGUGCGAAGGUUCCAUAUGAAGUGCUUUAACCCUUGAUAGUCCCUGGUCGGGAAGAAAAGUCAGUAUCUGGAUGGGCCUCAAAGAUGACAAGUGUUAACAGUGAGCCCUUUGCUUGUCGAUAAGCUAAAGCCUCCUCAACCUGCAGCCACAUUCCCUGGCCACCACUGGCGGCAUCUCAAGUCUUCAGACGGUCACCUUCAGGUUUGCUUUUCAAACCAACACGAAACAGACGAAGGGAUCUAUCUUCCCACUCCUUUUCUUCCCUCCUGGAGUGAAGCUACCUGUGCCACGUCUGCGCUGUCCUGCCUGUGGCUCGUCUCGCCAUAAAAUGAUAAACCUGAACCUCAGAGAGGCGGUCCGUGUUUUUGUUGUGACGCAGCCAUGCCGAGGCACUGACACACACGCAGGUUGUGACCCGCGGAUACCAGGCCACGUGCGGCGUGUCGAGGUCGCACGCUCCCACCCCCACCCAUAGCGUUGACCUCGGGCGGCCACCACCCCAAUGCCAGUGGCGCAGCAGUAGGACAGCGCAGAACAGUUCAGUUCUGUUUCAUUCGUGUUUUGACUAAGUUGCAGUUUCAAUUAGGAUUUUUGUGUCCGUCGGUACUUGCCUGCUCCGUCAGACCCCCUCAUGCCAUUCUAAAACCCUGCGAUGUGAAUUUUCAGUUUGGUACAAUUAGAAGUGAUUCAUCGAAGCAGAAGGGUAAGGACAGGCCAUCUAGCCUGAGUGGUGAAUCCGUGUUUCAUGCUACCUCUAAGCCAUCACGGUGGUGCGGGUAUGGAAGUCUGGGUCCAAGCUGACAAGUCCAAGCUUGCCGGUAGAACAGGGUGGGUAUCCACUAACGGGUCGAUGGCCCUCUCUUGAUAUUUCACAUAGGGCACUUGACUGACCCAGCAGUGAGUGCUCAUCUGGAGGAACGUGUGAAGCCUUGCCUUGUGGAAUGUGUGCUUUAAAAAUGUUGUCCAGUGUCACAAGUGCUUGGAAAGAAUUGUGAAAAGAAUUAAUGGAAAGACUGGGAUCUCGUCUGCCACGAGUUGCCAAGCCCAGGAGCAUUCCUGUGGAAAGGUUAGUUGGAAAAGAAGGCAACCCUUCAAAAGAGUCAUCGGGUUCCUCACGGGGACAUAUGGGAAGGAAGUGAAGAGGGGACACAGUCAUUCCUUAUGUUUCUGGAGGCUGAAGUCUAGUCGGAGGGUACUCAGCCAUUGUGGGGCUUGUCUUUCUCCACUUGUUCGCCACGUGAUAUUUCUGUGCUUUAAGACACCAGGGAGGCUGGGACACUGACACCCGAGCUGGGAUAACCAGUGUGUACUCAGACUUCCCUGGAGAAGGGACCCUUGCCCCUUAUUUCAGGCUGGCAUCAGAUGAGGUGAGGAGGCCCAGGAAGAAGGGACGGUAGGCAGUGAAGGAGGCUCCCCGGACCUCGCCCACCCCCACGGCUCACCCAGCCUCUGUGAGUAAGGAGUGCCCAGCAUUGGCCCCUUCAUCUCCGUGAGCAUGAAGAUGAUUCCCUGUGAGAAGUGUGACUCGGAGAUUUCUGUGCCAAAGACUGCCUCGUAGAGGCUUCACCAUCCUUCUUGGCUCCACAAAGUCAUGGUGCUGAGAUCACUGCCUCCUCUCUCAUAUUUAUGACCCAGGAGGCUUUUGCCUGGGGACACGCUUGACCUCGGGCAGACAGAUUUGGACAGGUUUUGAGUCUUGAGCACACGGCAGCAGAAUGCAGAGGGAUCCCUGUCAACUGUCCCUCGGGUGUGGGAAGGAAGGGAAGGGUUCAUUCACCCAGGUUAAAAAUCCAGGCUAAGGCAGAAGAGGAGAAAAUCCCUAGAAACUGAGCAGAUUUUAGAGAUGCACUUGCACUUGAUGUUGAAGAGAGCAGUUGUGCUUGGUGGCAGAUAUGGACUGCUGUCUUCCUUAUCAUAUGGUGGGGCCACAAGAAGAUUCUAGGCUACUUUGCCCAAAGCCAGAAAUCCUCUGUUCUUCCUGAACAAGGAGGGAACACGUUACACAGCCAGGUUUGGGGUUGGGUUUUGUCUUUUAAUAAGACUUAAUAAUGAUUCCCAGUGACCUCAGAUAAGUGCAAUUAUGAAGAUGAUUGGCUCAUAUUUCACUGUGCUGCUCGUUGAACUCACCAGUCACCUUCCUUUAGGUGAAACAACAAAAGCCAGUACGACCCUGGGGGGGCCGUGGUGAAUGUAGCAUUAAGUUUGUCUUCAUGCCAAAUUUCAGCCACACCUGGAGCAUGUUCUACAUGUUAUUGAAGUAAAUGUUUUAUCGAGUCACCAUCCACACAAGGGCUUUAAAUGAACACUUGUCACUCAGUUCUUGUGAGGCCACCUUUGUUUUGAAAUGACAGGAAGUCCUGCUUUAGAGGAGUGUAUGGUGGCCAGACGGCCAUCUGCUAGUGGAGUUUUUCUCUCUGGCUGGUGGGUGUCAGCCCAGGCCACACCCAGAGUUCCAGUGAUUGGAGCCUGCCGUCAAUAGCAUUGAAAUCGGGGGUCCCUGGCCUUGUCUUCAUGCCGUUCAUUAGAUGGCAGAGUAGUCCUUCUCUACGCUCUGCCCCGAGAGGCAGGAGAGAGACACCCAUUGCAGCCUCCCGGGCCCAUGUCGGCUGCGUCUGUUUGGGUGUCGAGCUGAGGUAGACCUGGCCUCUCCUCUGGCUGCGCUAAAGGGUACUUCCGCUCAGAAGAGAGGCUGCCUAUGGUCUGGGCAGGGCACAGCAAGCCCACACCCCGCUUCCCGGAUGCCUGCUUUUAAAGGCCCGUGGAAGCUGAGCAAUCUGAUUGGCAGGCUGAAGUAUCACUGCUUGGGCCGUCCCCAUUUACAAAACAUUUUGGGGGUUUGGGUUUGGCUUCUCACUUUCAAGAGUCCUCGAGACAGCAAGAUUGGACACGGCCUCUUACGUUUUCUCCAUUCGGAUGGCAGGUGGCAUUUAUCAGUAAAUCUGUGUAAAAUGUCAUGCCAUGGGUCAGACUGACCUAGCAAGCUGGGUGCAUUGGAGUUGUACUCUGUUUCCUCCUGGUAUUUUUGAUUUUGUGCAUAAACCGAGAACCUGAGUUUUCAGCAGCCCACCCAGCAGGUGGUUAGCUUUCUGCUUUAAGGGUGUCUGGCCUCCCUACAGCUGCCCUGAUGAGAGCGCGCACAGGGCCACCUGCGUUAGGAAAGAUGAGGGAAGGUCUUUGUCACAGGGAGCUUGACCGGUGUUUCUUAAUCAUAUGUUUGAACUGCAUUCCAGGUCUGGCUGUCUAACCCUUUCUAUGUGGCAGAAAAAUAUGUUAUUCAGGCAGUUUUUACUACUAUAGAUAAGCCUGUAAAUAAGUGCUUUGGAAAAAAAUAACUUUAAGAAACCAGUAAGAUAUUUGUUUCAUACAGAAACAUUCUGUUACUUAGCACUUGAAAAUCAACAAAUCCAGACUUUCAAAAAUGCCACAGACUGUAGCUCUACUUUUUGAGAAUUUUCAACACUGACUAAUAUGCCUUACUCUUCAGCUAGUGUGUUCUAGAUUCUGGAUAGAAAGAAUUUUUUAGAAACGUAAUCAAUUGUUCAGCUUAAGUGCUAGAGGUCUAACGUAGCCAGUCCUCAACCCUCUUAAAGAAAUAAGAAAGUGAAGUUCAUAAUUAGGGCUGCCUUUUGGGAGGAGAAAGCUAAGUAUUGCUAUUGCCAAAUGAUAUUUUUGAUAAUGUAAGGAAACACAGGGACCACUGACCCAUUGUGUGUGUGUGUGUGUGUGUGUGUGUGUGUGUGUGUGUGUGUGUGAAAUGUGAAAGAUUAAAUUAGUGCCUUUUGGCACACUCUUGAUUGUAGAGGAUAUAUAUGGUAUCGGCAUCGACAAAUCACGUAGAUACAGAGAACUCUAGAUUAUGACAAUAUUAAUGGUUUGCCCCUUCUGCGCAACAGCUUUUUAAAGGAUAAUUGGGGGCGGGGUAGGGGCCUCAAAGCAGCAUGUUUCAGAUAGAAAUUUUCCACAGGUUGAAAUGCCAAAAACCUAAACCCCAUUGUGUUGUCUCCCAUACUUUAGUCCAUUUUAACAGAGCUUUUACUAUUAAAACCAGUGAUGGAGUAUUGCAACACGCACGUCCCCAGACAGCGCCACCCCCUCACCAGGUGAUUCUGGGCUCCCUGUACACCAGGUCAGAGCAGGUGACACCUGUCUCCACCCCUGAGCAACAGGUUGUUCACAGUCUCAGGCCAACCCUUCAGUCACAGUAGUACUGGAAGGAGAAAAGGGCGGUGGCUUUUUUCCCCAGUAUGGGUACGGGGAGGGGAAAGUUGAUGGCGGGGGAGGGGAAGGUCGAUGGCAGACAAAAUGUGAAUCUGUAUGAUAAAAAGACACCUGUGUCAGCUGGGCCUUCGUCAGACAACAAACCAGCAGCUGUCAGAAGUCAGCACCACACCUGGAUACCCCUGAGGUCUGGUCCUGUCCCAUGGGCGGCCCCCGCCCAUCAUACUUCCGUGUGCCUGAUCGGUCCCUCGAUGUCCGCGCGUUGGGAGCACAUUGAGAGAUGAUGUACAUCUGAUAUAUUCCCAUAAAGUAAACUGCCAGCAACCUUUCUAACUUGUAUUUUAACUGUUGAAAAAGAGAUUCAAGACUUUUGCUUAGGUCAUGUCCAAAGUAUGGACUGUAUUUCUUAUUUUUAGAGAUCAUUCUUCACAUUUAAAAUUUUAGAAGAACCGCCCCCCUACACACACACACACAAGAUAUUGAUGAAGUCCUCUCCCUCCGUGUGUGUUCUCUCCUCUCCAUGCUGCCAAUAAGCCAAAUCAAAAGCUGUGAAAAAAAAAAAAGUGCUCAAGAAUGUGUGUAGACGAGAAAGAGAUUUAUUUUCAGGUCAAAGUCUGUGUUUCACGAAGCUACCAAACUAUAAAAAGAAUGUCACCUUUACUUUUUCCCUUUCUUUGUUAUGGAACCCAGAGAUUGUGAAAAGAAAAAAAAAAGAGUUUUUGUUGCAUUUUUUGAUGCUGGCACGAGGUUUUUGUCCACUUUUUUUUCAUAUAUCCGUGUAUUAAAAAAAUUCUGUCCACUGUUUACUAUGAAAUUAGUAUUACAUUUUGAGGUAAACAAAAGAAUUUGUAUUGCUUGUUAACUAUUAGCUUGUAAAUUUAAAAGAUUUCUUUACCUCAAUUAACUUAAAGUAAUGGACCAAUAAACCUAUGAAUGAUGCUUUCUUUACCUUGAA